AUGGCUAUCCGAGUAACCUUCUCCUUCUCAGGCUAUGUCGCCCAAAAUCUAGUUUCCUCCGCCGGCGUUCGAGUCGCUAAUUCUCGUUGUGUCCAAGAAUGCUGUAUCCUAUCUCGCAUCUUCGGAACCAACCAGAAACGCGAUCUCGAACGUUCCGGCGGCGUUCGCAGUCUCUACCCCGAUCUCCGGAGACCUAAAAACUCACCUGUUUCCGCUUAUUCUACCCUCGCCGGAGAGAUUCUCUCCGAAGGCUGUACGAAUCCGAUCGUAUUAGGUUUGAUUUCGAUGAUGAAGUCAACGAGUGUUGUAUCGGGGUCAACUUCGGCGGCUAUGGGUAUUAUGGGUAUUGCACCGUUCAAAACCUCUUCGAUUAUACCCUUUUUGCAGGGUUCGAAGUGGCUUCCUUGUAACGAGUCUGUUCCCGAACCUACAACGUGGGAGGUUGAUAAAGGUGGAACGGAGUGUGUUACUGUUUCUAACCCAAAAUCGCGUUUGAGUCAAAAAGAGACUAGUGGUUGGAUAUCGAAGUUGUUGAGUGUUUGUUCAGAAGAUGCUAAAGCUGUGUUCACGGCUGUUACUGUUAGUAUACUGUUUAAAUCGUUUUUGGCUGAGCCUAAAUCUAUUCCUUCUGCUUCUAUGUAUCCAACUCUUGAAGUUGGUGAUCGUGUUUUAACAGAAAAGUUUUCAUUCUUCUUUAGAAAGCCAGAUGUUUCUGAUAUUGUGAUUUUCAAAGCACCUCCUUGUUUGAAGAAAUUUGGUUUUAGUUCAUCUGAUAUAUUUAUAAAAAGGGUUGUGGCUAAGGCUGGUGAUGUUGUGGAAGUUCGUGGUGGGAAACUACUAGUGAACGGUGUUGCUGAAGAAGAGGAGUUUGUAUUGGAACCUCUUGCUUAUGAGUUGGCUCCAAUGGUUGUGCCAGAAGGGCACGUGUUUGUGAUGGGGGACAAUCGUAACAAGAGUUUUGAUUCUCAUAACUGGGGUCCACUCCCGAUCGAGAACAUAGUUGGCAGGUCCAUGUUUCGCUACUGGCCUCCAUCCAAAGUUGCGGAAACUGUCUCUGUUCAUAACACCCCACCUGGAAAUAAAUCUGUGGCAGUUUCUUGA